AUGUACACCUCUUCUCUGAGCAUCACCUUCUUUCUCACAUUGAAUUUCUUUGUCAAAAGUCGUUAUCGACAAGUGGAGCAUAAUCGAAGCGAAAGAGAUGGCUUCCAGCGAUUUUCAAAUCAUUCAACGACUGCAGCAGCUGCACAACCAAUUCAUUCUUUGUUUUGGCAAACACUGCGUUGCAUUGAAUGGCCUUACCGUAUUAAUUAUUGGUGUCAGUUGGGACACUAUUCGUUACACGUCAUGGCACGAAUUUUCAGUAAACUUGAGGGGAGACUGGACAGCUGUGUCCCUUUUCACUGUUUCCCAGAUUUACACUUCGCGGUCAGAAUGGAUAAAAAUAUUGAACUGUGCAAUUUUCCAGCAUGCCCUGCGCAAACAACUUGUCCUAAUGGUGGUCGUUACCUAAACGUUGGCUGCAGAUCUUCUUUUCAGUGUACUCCAUACUAUAGUGGUUCAAGUACAUGCAUAAAUGGAUGCUGCUGUACCGUACCUACAGUGUUUACAACACCACCUUCCACAGAACGCUUCGGUAACAGUUCCAUCUGUGAAAAAUCCCUUCUGUUUGAUUUUGCCAUUCAAGGCUUUUGUCCGUCGGGACAACUGUCGGAAGUUCGAUGUAGUGGCCGUUAUCAGUGCCAAGCUGGUCAAACCUGUAUGACUGGACUAUGCUGCACAACCAUUGGUAACGAGUGGAAUGUGGCAUGUGGUGGAUUAGCAGCACUGGGUUCGUGCAGCAGUGGGAUGUGCACAACGGGAGUUUGUACCGCGUCAAAUUACUGCUGUGAAUGUCCGGUAGGCAGAAGCUCAGGACGGUGCAAUAAUGUAAGUGCAAAGUUGGAUUUGAAACAUGCAUGCGAGCAAGAUAGGAUUACGCUUCAAUUUGUUAGAAAAAAAUCAGUACUCAAAUAGUU